GCCACGAUCAGAUUUGCGCAGACGGGACAGUCUAUAAAUACCGACUUCGAUUGGAGUGUUUCUCUCCGUUUGUAGCCAUUAUUUUUUCCAAUCGGUUAGUCUCCUAGUUUCAUCGGCAUACGGACUUUGAAGCACAGCUCUGAUGGACGGGCACCAAUUCAACAAUAUCUCUCUCGGCGGCCGCGGAGGCACUAACUCAGGACAACUUAAGGUUCAUGCAGGAGGUCUUCUCUGGAAGAAGCAGGGCGGAGGUAAGGCUGUAGAGGUGGACAAGUCUGAAAUCAUGGGCCUUACUUGGAUGAAAGUUCCUCGAUCAAAUCAGCUUGGGGUUCGAACUAGGGAUGGUCUUUACUACAAAUUUACUGGUUUCCGUGACCAGGAUAUUUCCAGUUUGACCACUUUUUUCCAGAGCUCUUGUGGAAUAAUUGCAGAAGAGAAGCAGCUCUCAAUUAGUGGGAAAAAUUGGGGAGAAGUUGAUUUAAAUGGGAAUAUGCUUACAUUUCUUGUUGGUGCUAAGCAAGCAUUUGAGAUAUCACUGGCAGAUGUCUCACAAACACAGCUACAGGGGAAGAAUGAUGUCAUGUUGGAGUUUCAUGUUGAUGAUACAACAGGAGCAAAUGAAAAAGAUUCAUUAAUGGAGAUAAGUUUUCACAUACCUAAUUCAAACACUCAGUUCGUUGGUGAUGAAAACCAUCCUCCUGCUCAGGUAUUCCGUGACAGAAUCAUGGCAAUGGCUGAUGUUACAGAUGGAGAGGAGGCUGUUGUUACGUUUGAUGGUAUUGCUAUACUGACUCCAAGGGGUCGAUAUAAUGUUGAACUUCAUCUUUCAUUUUUGCGCCUACAAGGGCAAGCUAAUGACUUUAAAAUUCAGUACAGCAGUGUUGUCCGUAUUUUUUUACUGCCCAAGGUUAGUCAACCACAUACCUUUGUCGUUGUUACCCUUGAUCCACCGAUUCGGAAAGGUCAAACUUUGUACCCACACAUUGUUUUGCAGUUCGAAUCGGAGCAUGUGGUAGACACUGGUUUGGCAAUGAAUGAAGAUCUUUUGAAUGCGAAAUACAAGGACAAAUUAGAGCCAACAUAUAAGGGACUUAUACACGAUGUGUUUACUAAAAUAUUGCGUGGCCUGUCUGGAGCUAAAAUCACUGGACCUGGCAAGUUCCGUAGCCAUACACAAGGUUUAGCUGUGAAAUCAUCGUUGAAAGCCGAAGAUGGACUCUUAUAUCCUCUUGAAAAGGGAUUCUUCUUUCUGCCCAAGCCUCCCACCCUUAUUCUAUAUGAUGAGAUUGACUAUGUGGAGUUUGAGAGGCAUGCUGCUGGUACAGCAAAUAUGCAUUACUUUGAUCUUCUCGUCAGACUUAAGACUGAACAAGAACAUCUCUUCCGAAAUGUCCAGAGAAGUGAAUACCAUUGUCUUUAUAAUUUCAUCAGUUCAAAGGGUCUGAAAAUAAUGAACCUCAGAGACUCUCGGCCUGCAGAUGGUGUUACAGCUGUUUUGCAGGAUGAGGAUGAUGAUGCUGUUGACCCACAUCUUGAGCGAAUUAAGAAAGAAGCUGGUGAUGAUGAGAGUGAUGAGGAGGAUGAAGAUUUUGUUGCGGACAAGGAUGAUGAAGGCUCACCUACUGAUGAUUCUGGGGAAGAGGGAUCUGAUGGCAGCUUAAGCGGGGGCGAGAAAGAGAAACCUGUAAAGAAGCCCAAAAAUGAUCCUUCUGCUUCUACUUCUAAACCCACUACGAGUAAGAAAAAAGCCGCCGACGAUGACGGUUCAAAGAAGAAGAAACAGAAGAAGAAGAAGGAUCCAAAUGCUCCAAAGAGGGCUAUCAGUGCUUUCAUGUUCUUUUCACAGAGUGAAAGAGAGAAUGUGAAGAAAUCUAAUCCUGGAAUCCCGUUUACUGAAAUUGGAAGGGUUCUCGGAGAUAAAUGGAAUAAGUUGUCAGCUGAGGAUAAAGAACCGUAUGAGGCAAUGGCACGGGCUGAUAAGAAACGCUACACUGAGGAGAUCACUGGCUACAAAAAUCAACAAUCAACAAACAUGGAUACAACAGCAUAGAACCACUUGAAUUGAAGAAGAUGCUGAAUAUAUACAUACACAUAUGCCUAGCUUAGUUAGUAAAGAAUUGAAUUGAUUCAAACUUUAAUUUGCAACCAAUUUUGGUUCAACUUUCUUCCUGAUCUU